AUGAUAAAUGAGCGCGCUGCCGGCCCGACACGCGCCUGGCCGUCUAAUUGUGCCUCGCCUCGCAGCCCCCCGGGCCUCCACCCCCGCCGCCUCCGCUCCACUCCGCUCGCGCAUCGAUCACCGCCGCCCCCGACGCAGCCACCCCCGCGGGCGACUACGGGCGCUGACACGGCCGCUGACGGAAAAGUCGGGGAUUUAUGUGCGCGCACGCCGCCGCAGCCGGCCCCGGGCUCGCUUAUCGCGCCCGUGCGGCAGCACCGGCGCUCAUCAAUCACACCCCCCACCCACCCCCUCCCCAAUCCCCCUCCCCGUUGCCAGCACGUGCCACAGCCCCUGCCGACGGCAAUUUGCGGGGGAUGUGCGGCUGCUGGCCGCCCCUCGGAAGCUGCACCACCCUUAGGAGGGCGCCUCUGCGUCGCCGCCACUUUAGUUGGCGGCGUCCGCUGUCUCACAGCGAAGAAGGAACGCUGA